AUAACCUUAGUUUUCUCUACAUUUCUGUGCUCUUGCUUUUAAAUUGUUUAGAGUGGAGUGGAUUUUAGCAACAUGUUUCUAACUCUAAGGUUAUUGUCGAACCGACACCCUUCGUUUAUUGCACGUACAGUUUUCGUGAAAAACGAUAAUGUUGAUGACGCCUGUCGGCUGAUGAACAGAAUUCUUGGCAAGGAAGGCAUACUCGAGCAGUACAGGCUAACCAGAUAUUAUGAAAAACCAUUUCAGACAAGAAGAAGAGUGAAUCACGAGCGUUGUAAGGCCAUAUACAAUGAGGAUAUGGAGAGAAAGAUACAAUUUGUACUCAGGAAGAACAGACAUGAUCCCUUCCCUGGCUGCUCUUAAACAUUGUAAAUGUAUUUGUUUACAACUUAGAAAGUGUCCACAUGUGUCCAAAGAGUGCUACAACCAUGUACUAGUGUAUAAGAAACUUUUAAGUAGGUUGCAAGUAAGAUGGGUAGCAAUCUGUUAUUAUUUAUUGUAGUAAGAACAUAAACUUAACAUGAUUCAUUUCUCAAAGGUGCAUAAUGUUACCACAGUAAAUAUUUAUUGAUAUUAUAUAAUGUUAUAAGAACCACAACCAUUUCCUAGAACAUUGUUAGACUUUAUAAACAGAAAAUUGUAUAUCUACUGGUGACAUAAUGGCCCUUUGACCCUGAACAUUUCAUCACUUGUAUGUCACUAACUUCAACACAAGCCUGAAACACAAGUGAGCCUUGGUUAUGAAACAUGUAUAUUGUAUAGUUUAUAAAAGAAAUCAAAUUGCAUUGUACUUUAGAGAAUAAAACAUGAUAUCAAAUAG